UCGCGAGAGUUGCGGGGUGGGGGGAGGAGGCGAGGGGACGGCCAAGAUGGCGUCGGAGGGAGAGCUGGGCAGGAAGUGGGACCGGUGUCUGGCGGACUCCGCCGUCAAGCUGGGUGCUGGAUUUGGAUUAGGAAUUGUUUUCUCAGUCAUCUUCUUCAAAAGAAAGACAUGGCCUAUCACUUUUGGGUCCGGCAUGGGGUUAGGAAUGGCUUAUUCCAAUUGCCAACAUGACUUCCAGUCUCCGUAUCUUCUCCAUGGUAAAUUUGUAAAAGAACAGUGACUAAUGACUAAGACUAUCCCAGUGGGAAGGAAGGAGAAAUCAAUGAUUAUUCCUCAGGAAUACUGAAGUGCCCCUGGAAUAAACCAACAUUGUUCAGUAACGAUCACCAGUAACUCUUUAUACUCCAACAAACUGUUUCUGUACAUGAAACAAAAGUUCUGUUGCUUGUUUUGUAUCGUGUCUGGAAAGUGCAAGGAGGAGCUCUUCUGGGAAAUAAAUAAAAGCAAAAUGGCCUUCUCUGGUGUGUUGACUUUGUAUGUGAGAGAGAGAAUGGAAGGAAAGGACUUCAUUUUGAGUACCCAGCAGCUGUGACCACCUGGGUAAAUGCCACUGCGAGAGCUCUUCAGUAAAGACAGCCGCCGUAUGUUCCUCUCCCCUCUUGAAAGGCGACCCCCAUCUAACAUACAGUUCAAAGAAGCUUUCCCACCUCAUAAAUCACCCACCAGACCCCUGCUGCUUGUGCCGGUGUUUGGAGAGGAAUAUAAAUACUCCUAUGUCCUGUUUGUACAGUUGCCCUUUAAAAUUGGAAUUUUGUCCUCUCCAAAGAGGCAGAAUCCAAAAGGGCAGACCCCGAGGGUAUGACUGCAGCUCGCCAGCUCUUGGAGCCUUGACUCACAAAGUGCCCCAACUUUGAAACCUCCUCGGUACAGGGGCCGAAUUAAACAGAUGCACACGCCAUCUGGCUCUGAGCUUGCCUUUUGAGUUGAUUGUUUUUUCACCCCUCUUCUGUGCAUGAACGUAGAGGUUUCAGUGUAUGGGAACAGGUCACUAAAUAUUUAAAGCUUUUUAUUACUUGAGCAGGUCACUGGUCUGAGUACUUUCUAUUUACAUUUACCCCAGGCCUUGUAAUUACUCGUUGGCAUGUUGUCUGCUGCUCUCCCCCUGACUUGAGCAGUCAUCACUGCUUCUUCACUCAGCACAAUUCUCUAGCUGUUGAGAUGGCUCUCAAGGUCCACUUUUCUUUGUCCAGUGCUUGCUGCAUGUUGGCCACGUAGCACGAGAUGUAAAUGCAUGUGUCCCAAGAGAGAAAGGGGAUGGUAUAGAUUGAUAUGGAGCUUUCCUUUAUUGAGCGCCUGUUCUGCUGCAUGGUGAGUGCUGGCAGAUGGAAGAGUAACAAAAACAUUCCUCUCCAGAAAGGAAAACACAAUGGAAACAAGUUGCGCAAUAUUUGCUUUUUAAACUAUGCCAAAGAAAGGAAGGGGAUGGACCGAGGGCCAGUCUGCUGAGUUCAGAGAGCUUGAGGAACCCCUUAUCUUACCGAGCAGCAGGACUGAGAUCUGGUCUGGGUGCUACAGCACUCCUGCACCCCCACACCUCCCUGGGCACGCAUGUGGAUCUCGCACACCGAAGAAACAUGUUGAGCUGUGCCCAGAGCCAACAGAAGCUGAAGAGCUCGCCUAGAGCAAUGGACUUGUGAAAUAAAAUAGCUUUAGUGCCAGAACAGCAUUAAAGACUGUCAAAGCACGAUACCAUCCAGGACCAUUGCUUGAGCAUGUCCUUGUUUUUCCACCUCCUCCCUUGCCGGACUGCAUUCAUCUGUCAGGUCAAAACAGCAUAAUGGAAACAGGAUCUCUUUCUUUCUUCCCAAUUUUGAAUCAUUUUAUCUGGCCCCAAUUUUUAAUUUGAACUAUGUACUUUGGAGCCGUAGCUCCGCUGUGGUUUGGAAAGUGUUUUUAUUGAGUUCUCUGUGUGUGUGUUGUGAUGCUAAGCAGACUGGUAAGCCAGCGGGUUCAGCUGGAGAGACGAGCAUCAAUCUGGGUAAGAAACAACCAAAAGCAGAAACAACUCUGAGUGUAACAACGGUCAACACGCAGAAAAAGCUUUAGCUACCGCUGUGUCAUUUGGGCCGUGAUGGGGGGUUCAAUUUUUAUUAAGUGUCCGCGGUAAUGAGUUGUCCUACUCUGGUAUGCCCUGCUUUAUGUUGCAUAUGACCUUCUAAAGUUAAUUCUUACUGAAUAUGAUGAUCUGCUGUGGCCUGGGAUCAAGUGGUUCUUCUGGCCCUGGGACUCGGAGGGUACCCAGGUAGAUACCCAUUCACAACAUGUUAUUUGUUGCUAGCGAGAGAAUAAUCAGAACAAAUGUUCUUGCUCAUUACAAUGAAAUACACUGGGGCGAGUGUGGAAAAAAUGUACAACUUUAUUCUAAAAAGUGGAAAUUAAGUUUUGUCACUGCUCUUUUUAAGUUUUUUGUUUGUCACAGCUGCCUUGUGUGUUGCUUGUGUUGAGAUAUAUAUGCAUAUAUAACCAGCACAUAACGGGCCUGUAUUCAUAUUUGGUUUGCUUUAAUUAAAGCUGUAUUAUUCAAAACCUA